UUUCUUGCCUACAUUAAAUAUUUGAAAUAGAGAUGACACUGUACAGAAAAGGAGUAUGUAUGUAGGCAAAUUAUUUUCUGUUUCUUCUACCUAACUUUAUGUGUCCGCUGACAUCCACUGAAAUGUUCCUUUUUCCCUGUAGUAAAUAAGUAAUCAGCCCAUGAGAACAGUUUGUGGUAAGACCCCUAUCUCGGUUGCCCCAGUGCACAUCUAGAGAAAGAUAACUCCUGUGGGAUUGCUUUAGUUUUACAGCAGCUAAAUUUUAUUCAGCUUGGAUCUUCUGUGUUGGAAGAAACCUAUUCAGUGGUAAAUAAACCCCCACCUCCCCUCCAGCCCUCCCGUUUGUAGGUGACUGACCCUUGAAAAAUGUUGGUUAGAGGCAACCUUGACUUGGUACAGAACAUUGAAUCAUUUCCUCCAGAUAGAAGUUAUUUUUUCCUGAUUGUUUCUUUCCUUUUUUUUUUGCCCUGCUGACGUACGUGGCACACAAGGUAUGUGUGGCUUCAAAUUGCUGCAGCCGUUCUGAUUUUUACAAGCACAGAGGUUUAUUCAGUGGCAAUUUGAUGUUCUGGUAGUUAGGUGAUGGCAGCUUAUUUUUGUGGAGACAGGAAUCUGGAGCUGCUGGUACAGCUUGAGCAGUGGCUUUGUUCUGUAUCUCAUGCUGGCCCCUCUUGAGGCCAUGCUGUGGGGCUGAAGGCAUACCUGAACCAUGAACAUUAAGGUACUUAGCAUUUUGGGAGGCAGAAUUGUGUAUAUUGUCAAGAACCCGUACUAAAUGACCCCCCUCUUGCAUGCUGAUUGUUUCUUCAUCCAAAUCAACUGACGGCUGAUCCAAAAUCAAGCAAUGUGGUUAUUCCCAGCUAGCUUUCUUGUCUCCUGUGAAACUCACCGUGUUUAGAUGCUGAAAUAUGAACUCUGUUUAAGACAUUUGCUGAAAAUGUGUUGGCAAAGUAGUAUUCAUCUUAGAGCAGUGUGAAAGCAGUUUUCUUGCCGCAGUUACGUGUUCUCUGUUUGGAUAGCAGAACAGCCACGGCUUGUUGCUUACACGGUGUCCAGGCAGCAGUUGCCACCUUUGGGGUGAACGUAACAGCACUGCUGGUGCAGAGAAAUUUGCCUCUCAUUAUGAGAGAUUGGAGAAUUCCUUUAAUGACACUGUUGUUAAGGAUUUAUUUUUGUACCCAAAGUGCCCUGAAUGAAAAGGCUGAAGUCCAGAAGUCUACUUGUAUGGCAUGCUCUCCUGUACGUGAAUUUGUAAUCUGUUCAUUUAUUUUAAUUGCAUGCAAGUUUAUCUUCCUUCUUGGUGGCAGUUCAGCUUUCCCUUGGUGUUUUGCUGUAGUCAGCUGAGAAGACAGACACUGAGAUCACUUUCCAGUUGUUUCUGGGUGUCUCUGGUAUUCAUCAGCCUCUUUGCUGUCCUAUGUUGCUAUGAGGAAAGGAGUCAGCAAUGACUGAUGUGGAGCCUGUGGUCACAGAUUUUGCAGCAUCAGGACGGGCAGGCCGCCGAAACGCCUUACCAGAUAUCCUGGGCUCUCCUGCUGGUGCUGGGACUUCAGAGUUGCCACACAAACUGGCUGAGCUCUCUGUUUCAGAAGGUAAUGGCUGUGCAUUCAGAAAAGGACAUUUUUAUGCAGUUGUCCUUUGUUUUUUUCCUAAGACUUCCACCACCAUGCAGUUUUGAUAAUACUAAUAUUCCUUUCAUCAUUUAGAAUUAAUUUGAACCUUCCAAAGCAGUUAUCACGUGUGUCUCCUGAUGAGACAAGUUAAUAUUAACCCAUAUCCAUCCACAGAUACAUUAUUAGCAGUUUAGGGAAACAGUUCAGUGCUGGGAAAUGAAUUCCAGUUCCCUUGAUUUCCAGGCAACUUUGCAAACACAGCCAAUCCAGCCAUAAAUUCCAGCAUACUACUACACUGAGAUAACUUUGCAUAAGACAGCAGAGCUGUGCUGUCAAUACAAUGACAGCUAUCCUAACUCAGGCAUAUACAUUAAACGUAGUGUUUAUAGUAUAUUUCUCCUGCUUAGUAGGCUUUCAACUUUUCUAUCUGAGACCAAUGCCCUAUUUUGCCAUGAUCUUUAAUUUAAUAAGCUGUUCUGCUGAUACAGCACAGGUCUAAUCAACACCAGCUUUGUGAGUUCUUUUUACUUUCAGAAUGACUUCAGGGGAGUUUUCAGAUUCAGAAAAAUCCUUUUUCUAAUGCCUAAGAAACAAAAAAUAUAGACUCACCCUGAUCAUGGUCUGUCCCUACUUUUUUUAAACUGAAUCAGAAUUUUUUUCAGAAAACAUUUUCUUCUCAUGCCCAUCACUGUUGCUGUACCACCACAACAAAUGGUCCCACAUUUGACAUGAUGGUGUGAGUGCAGCAAACGGGAAGGCAAGCCUGUGCUGAGGUUCAAACAGUCCAUGAAUCUGAACCAAAGUAGAUCAUUAAAGGGAUUCCUAGUCUCCAGAGCUGCAUAUCCUCCUUUUACAUUGCCCAAAGAAAUUACAGGAUGUUAGGUGUACAGCCUCCUAAAGCACCGUAAAGGCUGGGAAGGAAGGAUUUAUUUGAUCUCAAAUUGUUGUUAUUUUGGUGAUUUAAUUUUUAGUCGUGUUUGGGGGUUCUGUAAUCUAAAUCCCACAUGGGCCCAUCAAAGGACUGCUGAGGAAGUAGAAAGAACAUUUCCUGGAGGAGUAAGAAGGGCCAAAUGACCAUAUUGUGACUUGAACCAGGAGAAGCAAGGAAAAUAAGAAUCUGAACGUGUUCUGGAAGAAGGCAUUAUUUUGUCUUGAGGAGACAUUUUUCCCUAUAAAUAGGAAAAUUAGGUCCCUACAAAACAAACAGGAAAGAGUGCAAGUCUUUUUAAAAGAAAAGUUACAGCAUGGCAUAAAGUAUCUAGCCCUCCAGAUGACACAAUAGUCCUCCUCUCCUGGUUUCCACCCAAUCCAUUAAGAAGAAGAAAAAAUGAAGCACAGCUAUGUUAGUUUUAGCAAAAUGUACUAAUGCUUUCGUAGAAAUACAGGACCAGCACUGUCAGGAUUUGAAAAACAAUUAAGAGCAUUGAAUUGUCCUUGGCUUUUGUCACUGACAGCUAUGCCAGAGCAUGUUGGAAGGCAGCAGAUUCUGUUACCAGCAGUUUACAGUAGUGAUAAUAGGAAGUGAAUACAAAAUGCAGUUAGGUCCACUCUGACAGCUUGGGUGCUUUCUGGGGAUGGGAAUUCCACAAGUAUCAGAUGGGAAUUUCAGCCUCAUUGUGUUGUAAAUUAAAGUUUUGAUGAGAUAGCAAGCAAACAGAGGAGAAUUCAUCAAAAUGGAAAGACAAUUUUGAAAUUCAAAUGCUGUAACAGGGAAACAGUUUGUGAAACAUUUGGGACUCUUAACAGGCAUCUCUUUUGCCUAUUUCUGACUUUAACAAUAAGUCGUUAAAAAAGGAAAGUCAUUUGCAGCUCA